GCCAAGGAUUUUGCAUUGAAAACCUCAUGGAGGAUCCGGCCUUUGACUGGAGUUCCCUCAUAGGGGAGGACCUCCUGCUAUGCAAAUCAGCCCUGAAGGAAGAGACGAAAGAGCAGAAAGGCAUCACACAUUUGGACGACAAGCUGUGUAGCAUUCGCACAAGCCAAGCCUUGCCAAAGUCCCUCAAGCUUGUUCUCCUUUACUUUUCAGGCCGCUGGUGUCCUGUUUGCACGGAGUUCGACAAUAUCAUGCGAGAUGUGUACACGGCUCUCCAGUCUUUUCCAGAACACUCUGACAUCGAGUUUGUUUGGAUCUCGUGUGACCUCUCCGAAGACUCCUACAAAGCGCAUUUGAAACGGCUGGGAGUUCUGAGUGGGGCAACUUGGUCGCCCAAACGACUCCAGGAGGCUGCGGCACGUUGGGAUUUAAAGGCAUUGCCUUCGCUUUUGGUGAUGGAUGCCCUCGAUGGGAGGGUGGUUACUGCAAAUGCCCGGAGAGAUGUUGAGGAUGCUUACGAUGAUGAGCAACAUGGUGCGAACAAGGGCUACUUGGGCUUGCUGUUGAGAUGGCUGGAGCUUCUGGAUGAGCAGCGUGCUGCGCUUGACGAUGGCUUGCCCAUGCGCUCUGAAAGUGGAAUUCAGGGGGACACCGCCGGUCAAAGUGCUGGCAAGGGCGAAUCUAGCGAGUUUGCUUGAGUGAAACGACACUACAUGUUGUGAUUUAUUUUAGGACCAUCAGACCAUCGCUUGUAUUCCUGUCGCUGCUGUGGAGUCUCGGAUUGGAGUGGACCUGCUGAAACCACUUGCGUGAAACAGGCCAGGGAUGCCUCGACAGUCACCCCGACCCAGUUAUAUAUAUAAUAUAUCCUAGCAGUUUUUGGAAGGGUACCUCGAAGUGAAGGAAUUUGGUAGUGCUUUCUUCAUGAGGAAGCGUG